CAGAUGGAUGACAUUGACGCCAUGUUCAGCGCCAUGCUGGGGGAGAUGGACCUCCUCACCCAGAGUCUCGGUGAGGAAAAGGCACACCCGGAACCUCAUCCCAGCUCCGACAAGCAAGUCAACUUCUCCAUCGGCUUCACCGACCUCAAUGAGUCCCUUCACGAACUGGAGGACAAUGACUUGGACAUGCUUAUGGCUGAUUUGAUGGCUGACCUGAAUGCAACAGAAGAGAAACUGGCAGCAGAGAUACACGGUUUGAAGGAGCCACCGCAGCCCAAACCAGAUCCGCUCCCACUGCCCAGGGGCUCGAGCAACGCGCCUGUCUCCGAGCACAUUUUACCAGCAUCAUCUGGAGGCAGUGGCAGCAGCAAUGUUAGCACCCCAGCCCCUUCUGCUGCUUGCUCUCUACCACCUCCACCUCCUCAGUGCGUAAAGCCCACGAUGGACGAUAUCGAGGCGCAGGCGAAGGCAGACAAAAUCAAACUCGCUCUUGAGAAGCUAAAGGAAGCUAAAGUGAAAAAGUUGGUGGUGAAGGUGCUAAUGAAUGAUGGCAGCUCCAAGACACUGAUGGUUGACGAGAGACAAAAUGUCAGGGAAGUUCUGGACAACAUGUUUGAGAAGACUCAUUGUGACUGCAAUGUGAACUGGAGCCUAUGUGAGACCAACCCAGAACUGCAACUUGAACGGGCAUUUGAAGAGCACGAGAACCUUGUGGAGUCGCUCUCAGCGUGGAUAAGGGACAGCGAGAACAAAGUGCUCUUCCAAGAGCGACCAGAGAAAUAUGAGGUUUUCAAAAACCCACAGAACUUUUAUCUGUGGAAGAAGGAUAAGAAAACUCUCAAAGAUAUCAAAGACAAAGACAAAGAGUUAUUAAUACAGGAGAACUUCUGCGGGACUUCCAUCAUCGUGCCUGAUCUCGAGGGGGUGCUGCAUCUUAAAGAAGAUGGAAAGAAGUCCUGGAAGCAGCGGCUCUUCCAGCUGAGGGCCUCGGGAAUUUAUUAUGUGCCCAAAGGGAAGACCAAGUCGUCCCGUGACCUCGUCUGCUUUGUCCAGUUUGACAACAUGAAUGUCUACUACGGCAAAGACUUUAAGACCAAACACAAGGCUCCAACCGACUUCUGCUUUGUGCUGAAGCAUCCUCAGAUCCAGAAAGACUCUCAGUACAUAAAAUACCUGUGCUGUGAUGAUGCUUGGACCAUGAACCUUUGGGUGACUGGAAUACGGAUUGCAAAGUACGGAGCAUCGCUGUAUGAAAACUAUAAGACAGCAGAGAUAAAGGGUUCUAACUCCAUGUGGACGAACCGCAGCACUCCGUCAAGCUCCAAUCAAUCAACGCCCUCACCCACAGUCAAAGCUAAAUCACCCAACCAGGCCAAUGGUCAUCCUCCAAAGCCGCAACCAGGACCUAUUUCUCAGGCCCCAUUUCCACCCCCACCAUUGGCCGAGGUCCUCCCUCCACCUCCUCCAGACCCAGUCCUCCCUCCUCCACCUCCUAUGCCUGCCAAGAGUUCCGCAAAACCCUCCCCCCCAAAGCGGCAGCAGCAAAGCAAUUUCCCUCCACCUCCACCUGAAUUGGACAACCUCCCUCCUCCACCACCCCCUCCACCCACUGAUGAUACCGCAGAGGCUCCACCAGACUUCCUUCCACCACCUCCUCCAGCUGUUGGCUUUGGUUCAUUACCGCCACCACCUCCUAGUUUUGGUGGUGUAGGCCAGUCUCUACCUCCACCACCACCAGAUCCACAGUCUUUACCCCCACCUCCACCUGACCCAGUGUUCAUAGGAGCUGGGGCACCCCCACCCCCACCACCUCCACCUCCUCCACCAGCGCCUGGUGCUCCCGUCACCACCCUAAGACCAGCCGUGAGGCCCUCUGGGUCACUGAAGAAGGUUCCUCCGGCUCCGCCACAGAGAAAUACGCCCUCAGUGUCAGGAGGUGGAGGAGGAGGGGGUGGAGACUUCAUGUCAGAACUGAUGCUAGCCAUGCAGAAGAAGCGUGGAGCUCAGUAGCCUGAACAGGAAACUUGUGGAGUAUGAAUACAGGAUGAACUUCACAACCAGCGACUUAAUCAGCCUUUUCUUAAAGAUGGAGCUGGUGGAGUUUUCUAAUAGAUUUUUCAUUUUAGGCAUUCAUACUUUCUCUGAACCACACCCAAGACACACAAGAGUUAACCUUUGAAAAAAACGUUGUUUUUGUAAAGCGUCUGAUAACUUGAGCUCAGAAAUACCAUCAGUUUGCUUUGUCGUGUUAUUAUGCUUCUAUUGUAUAUAUUUUUUUGCAUGGAUAGCUGUAAAUACUGUAAAAACACAUUCCAGUGUUACUAGUGAAUAUAGACUUUAGGAAGUUAGUUUUCAGUUGACUAUUAUCCAAAUAAAUCCACUUCAAUAAACCCUUACAUCUCCAGACUGUGCUGCACCAUCAAUAUCUAAAUUAUUAAACGGUGAUAUUGCUUUGCUUUGCUCGGUCAUCGCAGAAAAGGAGAUUUCACACAAAUGCCGUUAGGUCCAGAGGUUUGUGGACAAUGAAACACUUUGUAGGUUAGCCUCUGUACACCAGCACAGGAGAUUUUAAAUCAAACAAUCAAAAUAAGAGUGAAGUGCAGACGUUCUCUUUUAAUUCAAGGUGUUUAAUAAAGUAUUGCAUUAACUGCCAGAGGCUCAAAAUUAAUUGGACAAACUAACAUUUAUUUAAAUAUGAGGAAUGUUUUUAAAGAUGAAUGAAAAUCCUUUUCAGUCAGUGACUGCCUUAUGUCAAGAAUCUAUGGACGUCACCACAUGCUGUGUUUCCUCCCUUCAGAUUUUACUGCAGCCACCUUCAGUUGCUGCUUGUUUGCGGCUCUUUCUGCACUCAUUUCUGUCUCCUGUAAGUGUGCUCUGUUUGGUGACUGCCCUGGCCAUUGAAGACUAUCCUAUGAAGAAUAUACUUUUCUCCUCCCAUCAUUCUGGUAUAAUAGAAUCUUUGUUUCAUCUGUCUAAAGAUUUUUUUUCUAAAAUUGUGCAGGUUUUUUUUUUUUUUUUAGAUGUUUUCUAAGUCUAAUCUGACCUCUGCAUCUGAUUUGUGGCCAUUUGGUGGAUAGACUUACAGAAAAGAACAGCCUUGAGUUGACCUUGACAUUUUGGAGUAAAUAUAUCCCACAA